GUGACAAUUGCGAGCAGAGGUCGAGUGAGCGUGGAAAUUAUACAAAGCUUUGUGUCGCACAGUUAAAGACGAAUCAAGGCCCGCGCCUAUAUAGAUAUCGAACUGUAGCGGCACUGAUAACACGCCAGCUACACCUCGUUUGCCACUCUGACUAAGCCCCAACCCCAGCCCCAGCACUAGAGAUAGUAACUAAAAGUACCUGUAAUUAUAUACAAGUUCAACUGUUAAUCAGUUCAGUGAUAGCCCAAGGGCUUGUCACAUCUAUGACAAAUCAUUUGUCCGUUAAAACUGAAGCACUUGGUAGCAUGAGUCCAUAUCUAAUCACUAAAACAUGACGAUUGCAAAUCGCCCGGAAAUAUACUUUUGACUAUUAUCUGUGCCCACCUAAACCGAACUUCAAUAAAUCAAAGUUCUGUACCACCAGAUAGCCGCGUCCAAAAUACAUCCCACCCACCACAAGUCAUGUCGUCCAUUGAUAAUCUGAACAUCCGCCCGUUGAGCGCUGAGCUGGGUCUCAAGGCGCAGAAGGAGCUGGGCGAGGUGCCCGAGCGAGUGCCAGAGGACAUUGAGACGAUACGCACAUGGAUCUCAAAACAGCCCCACCUAAAAGCACGCGAGGAUGCACAAUUUCUGGUCGCCUUUCUGCGCGGCUGCAAAUACAGCCUGGAGAAGACAAAGCUCAAGCUGGACAACUUCUAUGCGAUGCGAGGCGCUGUCCCGGAACUGUACAAGAAUCGCCUCGUGGGCGAGAAACAGCUGAACAUACUCAAGACAGGCUGCCUGCUGCGACUCUCGCAUCCGCUGCAAGUGGACGGUCCACGCAUUCACAUCUCUCGCUAUGCCCAGUACGACUCCAGCAAGUAUUCCAUUGCGGAGGUCAUGCAGGUCAACACCAUGCUGGGCGAGAUACAGAUCAGAGAGGACGACAAUGCAAUGGUAUCUGGCUUUGUGGAGAUCAUCGACAUGAAAGGCGUCACCGCCGGCCACAUGUUCCAAUUCGACGCGGUCCUCAUCAAGAAGCUGGCUGUGCUCGGCGACAAGGCGCUGCCAUAUAGACCCAAGGGCUUCCACUUCAUCAAUGCGCCAUCCAUGGCCGAGAAGGCAAUGUCCAUAGCCAAGAGCUUAAUGAGCGACAAGAUACGCAAACGGUUCCAUAUACACACCAAGCUGGAUUCGCUGUACAAGUACGUCCCUAAGGAGUAUCUGCCCAUUGAGUAUGGCGGCACCAAUGGCAACAUACAGGACGUUAUCGAUACCUGGACGAAUAAGCUGCUAGAGUACACGGACUUCUUCCAGGAGGACGCGGUCUACGGUACGAAUGAGAAGCUGCGACAUGGACAGCCCAUUAAUUCGGAAACGCUGUUCGGCAUCGAAGGCUCCUUUCGGAAACUGGACAUUGAUUAGUUAUACGUUUUAUUGUAGUACAUAUUUAUAAAA